AUGAACAGUAAAGAGUCCAUGCUGUCACAGUCUUCCACAUUCCUGGAAAAUUCGGAAGUGGAACCUCGAGACCUUAGGACCGCCCUUUCUGCUGACGGCCAUGAAGAAGAUAAGCUGAUUCUUAGAAGGAAAAGGUCUAACGUUUCAGAGUUGAGUAAAAUCAUAUCAGGAAUAAGAGAUGAUCACGAAAUAGACAAUUCCGAGUAUGAAGCCUAUAAAUGUCCUGUCGUAGAAGAGACUCUCUUGGCUCAAUUGGAUCAAGUGUCCAAGAACAUCACUCAAAACAGCGGACCACAAUCCUUGCAAGAAGAGGCAAGUCUUCCGGAAGAUGAACCAUCUUCUGACCAUCCUAUAGAUGGUGGGUUUGCCUUUUGGCAAGCGUUCCUUGCCAUGUUGGUGGUGUUUCUGACUUGGGGUGCCAAUGCCGCCUUCGGUGUCUUUCUCAACCUUUAUUUGCACAAUCAGUUGUUUAAAAGCGCAACAAUGUACGACUUCGCACUCAUGGGUGGCUUGGUGGUGGCCUUGGCCAAUAUCUUGUGUCCGUUCACUGUGAUCAUGGUGAAGAUUUUUGGCCAAACUUGGGUACUCAUAGCUGGAAUUGUAAUCCAAACGGUUGGGUAUCUUCUAGCAGCAGAGUGUAAACAAUUUUGGCAGCUCUUUUUGUGCCAAGGUGUCAUGGUAGGCCUUUCAUUUGCAUUGAUUUUCAUCCCUGGAACAUUGGUAAUUCCCACUUGGUUUGACAAACAUUUGGCCACUGCAAUGGGAAUUGCAGUGUCUGGUGCUGGUCUUGGUGGUUUGGUGUUCAGUUUCAUUUUGAAUAAGAUUAUUUCUAUUACUGGCGAUCAAAAAUGGGCAUUGAGAGCCGCCGGGUUGAUCAAUUUGGUCAUUUCGGUAUUUGCAACAAUCUUCAUGCGAGUCCGCAAUAAGAAGAAGCUCGACUACAAGGAAACACUCAGUUUCGAGUUUUUGAUAAACGCCCUCCGUGUGGUAUUCGAUGUGAAGAUUUUCAAGAGCUAUGCCUUGGUUUUGACUGCCUUGUGGUUCGGCAUAGUUCUUAUGGGUUAUGUUAUCAUUCUAUACUCUAUGGCUCCAUACGCUACUUCUGAGGGACUUACUGCCAAGCAGUCCGCCAAUGUACUCGCGGUCCUAAAUGCGCUGCAAGUGGUUGGAAGACCUGCUAUUGGCCGUCUUGGUGACUUUUUGGGAAGAAACAACACAUCGCUACUCAUCUGUUGCUAUGCUGGAAUUCUUUUGCUGGCAUUUUGGCUUAACGCCAAAGACUAUGUGUCAAUUAUGGUCUUGGCGGCUUUAGUUGGAGCACCAGCGGGAGUUGGAAGUACCAUGGCUCAAUCGAUGGGCCGCGACGUCUUGAAAUUCGAUGGCGUGCCAUAUAAAUUGCCUGCCGCAUGGAGUGGUAUGAAUAUUGUUGUGGCUUUCUUCGCACUUCCCGCUGAGGUUAUUGCGUUGAAGUUGAAGAAAGGUACUACAGCUGGAUCCUACAGAAACGCACAAAUUUUUACCGCUUGUGCAUUUUUCUUCGGUGCAAUCAUUUUGGUUGUGAAUCGAGAGUGGUUGGUUCGCCAGACACUUAAGAACAGAAGGCAGAUGUUUGCAGCCAACCUCUACGCUGGUAGGACCUCAUAUCUCAAAUCUGAAGAUGCGGAACACAAAUUGACAGCAGAGGAAGUGGAAGCGCUUGAACUUAGAAUCAAAAGAUAUGACCGCCUCUUGAGCAUGACCCCGAUUUACUUCAUUGUUAGAGCAUUCUAUCCCAUCAGGGUUUAG